CGCAUUUCAGCAUUGUUAGGGGAAGUUUAAGUCUUGGAGAUCAGCAAUUCACUUAAAACAGCUUUGGCAAGGUGGAUUUUAGGUGAGAUAUCCAACUUUCUGAAAGUGCGAACGCUUCAGGAUUGAGCGCGUGCGUCUGGAGCGUGCGAGAUCUGAGAUUAUUGAGUAUGCAGUAACAGGACACUGGCAUUGGGCAGAAGGAGAGAUUUAAUCUGUUUUCAGGCUCACAUGGAGGGUGAGAAACAUCUACAGCAUUGGAACACAUUAAGGUGUUUUCUGUUGUGCCUUGCAGUCCUUGUCCUUACGACAGAGGUCAAUGCAGGAGUGAAGAAGAGCAGUGGACCAUGUGGAGGGAGAGACUGCAGCGGAGGCUGUCAGUGUUAUCCUGAGAAGGGUGCGAGGGGAUCGCCUGGACCCCUUGGUCCCCAGGGCCCCACAGGCCCUAACGGACGACAGGGUGACCCUGGUCUCCAGGGCCCUAAAGGAGAGAAGGGAGACCAUGGCAAAGGAGGCACUAUGGGUCUAAAAGGAAGUGUGGGAAUGCAAGGGGUUCCAGGGUUUGAUGGAGCAGAUGGUAUUCCAGGCCACCCUGGGCCAUCUGGGCCUCGUGGAAAACCAGGAGCUGAUGGCUGUAAUGGAACCCGGGGAGAAUCAGGAAUUCCAGGCUUUUCAGGGAUCAAUGGUGGACCUGGAAUACCAGGUUGGCCAGGAAUGAAGGGGGAGAAGGGUGACCCUUUGGAUCUGUGGGUCUAUAUGGAAAGAUUCAGGGGAGAUCCAGGGCCACCAGGUUAUCAAGGAUUUAUUGGUCCAACUGGUAACCCAGGGUACAGUGGGCCACCAGGAUUACAAGGACCUUGGGGUCCUACUGGUAGUAAAGGUGUUAAAGGUCAAAAGGGUGAAACCACUAAAAGAAUAAAAGGAAUCAAAGGAGAAGCGGGGGACAUCGGAGAGCCAGGACUACCAGGACUUUUCCCGCUCAUAAGACCAAUCCCUACAGAAUGGCAGGGUAAAAAAGGGGUGAAGGGUUAUAAAGGUCAAAAAGGAGAUUUGGCAUAUGUAUCUACGAAAGGAGAGACUGGUGUGUCAGGGCCUCCAGGACAACGGGGAAACCCAGGAAAUAAUGUCUGGAAAGGACCUAAGGGUGACACUGGACUACCAGGUUUCCCAGGAAAUCAUGGCCGCAAGGGAGACAGAGGAGAGCCUGGAGAGCUGAUAGGAAGUCCAAAUGAUCAGACUGGAGCAGGUCCUCCAGGGCCUCCAGGGGAGCGUGGCCCAAUUGGAAAUUAUGGUUCUAAGGGUGCUAAAGGACUGCCAGGUCCCCCAGGACCCCCUGCCUCUGAACAACAACAAGAGAUUCUGUGGGGCCCAGAGGGACCAAGGGGACCAAAGGGAGGCAAAGGUGAAGCUGGAGAACCUGGUAAUCCUGCCACUCAACCUGGGCCGCCUGGCGCCGAUGGGCUGCCUGGAUUUCAGGGACCACCUGGACCCAAGGGAUCAUUGGAAGAUUUCUUCAAAGGCGCCGCCGGACCACGUGGACGUCCAGGGAAUGCAGGAAAAAAAGGACCAAAGGGUGACCAUGGUCUGUGUGAAUGCCUUGAAAAAUCCCCUUCUGGCCCUCCGGGCCCUCCUGGUGAAGCUGGGAACCCUGGAAUGGCUGGCGAGUGGGGUCAGCAGGGUGAUCAGGGAGACCCAGGACCCAAAGGUGUCGAUGGUUUUAUUGGUUUUCCUGGUACAAAAGGAUCAUUUGGACUCAAAGGCAGAAAAGGAGAGAUGGGAAUAGCUACACAGAAAGGAUUACCUGGUGACCCAGGGAACCCAGGUCAGAGUGGUUUCCCAGGAGAGCAAGGAAGGCCUGGGUUUAGUGGAAAAGACGGUGAACCAGGUUUUAGAGGAUCUCCUGGAGAAGGUCCUGUAGGUGAGCCUGGAGAGAAGGGAUACCCAGGUCCUCCAGGUCCCCCAGGUCUAAUAGGCCCCACAGGACAACCUGGCCAAGUUCUUGGAGCAACUAAAGGUGUAAGGGGCCUUCCAGGAGAUGAUGGGCAAAUUGGUCGUGAUGGAGAAAAAGGUUUGCCUGGUGCCCCAGGAGCCUGUAGCUCAAGAGAAGAUCAAUGGAAUAUUGAAGUGGAGUGUAUUGGAGAUCCCGGGCCACCUGGAGAGACAGGGCAGCCUGGACUUCCAGGGUUGGAAGGAUUUCCUGGAAUACCAGGUGCCAAAGGUGUACAAGGUCUUUCUGGAGAACCUGGGGCCGAAGGAGAGCGAGGUGAACCAGGAAGAGGAGGCCCACCUGGGCCAAGGGGUUUUGUUGGACCUCGGGGAGAUUUAGGAUAUCCUGGCACCAAAGGUGUGCAAGGAGAUCUGGGCAUCUCUGGUAAACCAGGUUUGGAUGGUGCUUUAGGGGAAAAGGGUGAUCAUGGUGAAGUUUUAGGAGCAUCUUCUGGAGCCCCAGGAGAACCAGGACGGCCAGGAGAGAGGGGUGUCAUUGGCCUUCCAGGAGACCCAGGCCCAAAAGGACACCCAGGUAUGGAUGGUAUGCCAGGUAUUAUCGGCGUCAAGGGUGAAAUUGGCCCUCCAGGUCUUCGAGGAGAGGUAGGAAAACCUGGACCGCAAGGAACGUUCGGCUUUCCUGGCCAGCCCGGUUACACAGGACCUCCUGGACCACCCGGAAAAACUGGAGAACCAGGUCCAAGUGGAGUAAGGGGAGAUCAGGGAGACCCAGGUCUUUCUGGACCCAGAGGAGUAAAGGGUGCCAUUGGAGACCCUGGAAAUAUUGGUGUACCAGGAAAUACUGGGCCCCCAGGAGAUCCAGGACAACCGGGGCCGUUUGGGUUUGGUGGUCACCCAGGGUUAAAAGGUUCCAAAGGUGGUCAGGGCAUGACAGGUUUUCCUGGAAAGUUUGGUGAGAAAGGUUUGAAAGGACUUUCAGGAAAGAAAGGACAGAUAGGCUUACCAGGACAACAAGGUGUAAAAGGAGCUCCUGGCCCUCCAGGUGAAAAAGGUGAAAGAGGGCUGGUGGGACCUCCAGGUGAAAAGCCAAUCAUACAUAUAUCACCACAAGAAAAAGAGGUCAUGAAGGGAGCUAAAGGUGACCAUGGAAAUAUGGGAGAUCCUGGCUUCACUGGUCAAAGAGGUACAAAAGGUGCCCCAGGUUAUCCAGGAGGUGAUGGGAAAGAUGGACAUCCAGGUAAGCCUAGUGACACAAAAGGUACUAAAGGUCUUCCCGGAGAAGAAGGUGAAUCGGGGCCUAAGGGAAUGCCAGGGCCUACAGGACUCCCUGGAAUUGAUGGUUUCCCUGGAAUGGCUGGACCCAGGGGUGACAAAGGCUCGCCUGGUGCCUAUGGACGGACCGGAGAAUCUGGAAUCAAAGGAAUAAAAGGUGAACUGGGUCCCACCAUCAGUCUUCCAGGGUCAACAGGACUGAGAGGUGAAACUGGGCUGUCUGGACCUUCAGGUGAGAAGGGACUCAUAGGUCAAUCUGGAGAUAGAGGAGGUCCUGGUUUUGAUGGCAUUGUAGGGAUGAAAGGCCAACCGGGUGAACCAGGAAAAGAUGGACCACCAGGCUCUGACGGCCAGCAGGGUUUCCCAGGAAACCAGGGUCAUAAGGGCUGGCCAGGAGAGCCUGGGCAGAAAGGAACACCUGGAAUCCAAGGCCAACCGGGACAAAAAGGAUUUCCUGGUCUUAAAGGCAUUUUUGGUUUGGAUGGCCUGAAAGGUCAAAAGGGUACCCAAGGUGUUCCAGGUACUGACAACUGGGGUCCUCCAGGUGAACCAGGAGCAAGAGGAGAGAUAGGAGAGACCGGUAUCCCGAGCACAGAGACUGGCAUCCCUGGAAAUCUGGGCCUUAAGGGUUUCACUGGAGAGCCAGGUGAUAAGGGUGAAUCUGGGCGUCCAGGUGUACGAGGUCCUCCAGGCCCAGAUGGAUUCUCUGAUAUACCAGGAGUGCCAGGCGACUAUGGUUUUCCAGGCACUAAAGGACUUCCAGGUUUUCCUGGUCCCAGAGGGAUUCCAGGUGAACCAUCUCCAUUUGGAGCAAAAGGAGAGAAAGGAAAUUUAGGUGAUUUCGGAUUCAUCGGAGAAAAAGGAGUCCAUGGAGACAGAGGAGAAAAAGGACAGUCAGGGGAACCUGGAGUAUCAGGAAGAAAAGGUGAAAGAGGAGACCCGGGAAUGAUGGGAAUUCCAGGAAGACGUGGUUUUGAAGGCAACAGGGGCCCUGUUGGACCUAAAGGAGAUACUGGACCCCCAGGUUUCCCCGGCUCACCUGGCGCUAAAGGACUUCCACCCGUUCCACAGAAAAUUCCAGGGGAGAGAGGACAACCUGGCCCGAUGGGUAUUCAAGGACCAAAUGGACGCAAUGGAAAUCCAGGUCCUGCUGGACCUCCUGGUGAUGCAGGGGUUUUGGGUCCAAAGGGACACAAGGGCAUGCCAGGUCUCCCUGGAAUACCAGGAAAUCCAGGCUUCCGUGGAGAACCUGGACAAAUGGGCCACCCUGGUCUGCAAGGCGAAGAAGGGGCCCGAGGACGCUCUGGUUUACCGGGUCCUAUUGGAAUGGCUGGCCGCAGUGUCAAUGUUGGCUACCUUCUGGUGAAGCACAGUCAGUCUGAGCAGAUUCCCAUGUGCCCUGUGGGCAUGUCCAAGCUAUGGGACGGUUAUAGCCUUCUGUACUUUGAGGGACAGGAGAAGGCCCACAACCAAGACCUGGGUCUAGCCGGCUCAUGUCUCCCCCGUUUUAACACCAUGCCCUUCCUGUACUGCAAUCCGGGGGACAUAUGCUACUAUGCCAGCCGCAAUGACAAAUCCUAUUGGCUGUCCACCACUGCACCAAUUCCCAUGAUGCCUGUGGAGGAGGCUGAGAUAAAACCAUACAUCAGCCGUUGUUCCGUGUGUGAAGCACCAUCUGUGGCCAUCGCCAUACACAGUCAAGAUAUAACUAUCCCACAAUGCCCAUUCGGAUGGAGAAGUCUCUGGAUUGGCUAUUCCUUCCUUAUGCACACGGCAGCUGGAGAUGAAGGUGGCGGUCAGUCUCUGGUGUCUCCAGGCUCUUGUCUAGAAGAUUUCCGCACCACUCCCUUCAUCGAGUGUAACGGGGCCAAGGGUACAUGUCACUACUUCGCCAACAAGCAGAGUUUCUGGUUGACCUCUAUCGAUCAGACCUUCCAGAGUUCCCCUGUCUCUGAGACACUCAAAGCCGGGCAGCUCCUGUCACGCAUCAGCCGCUGCCAAGUGUGUAUGAAGAACUUGUGACCUGUAACCUAUGAACUUUGAUACUAUUGCAGCAGCAUUACAGUUAACGACUUCAGAAUGCUCCAUGCAAAUUCUUCAUUCCAAAUUCCAGUCGGACGUCAAUAUUGCAAGUUAGGCUUUUGAAAUUACUUAAUGUAUUUAAUGCAUCACAUAUGACAUGCCCUCAGAUUCACUCUUCGUCACUACUGUGUGCCUUAUGACUGACCUUAUGACUGAAGAUAUGUACAUGUGCAUAAUGAGAAGUGAAGCCAGAGAUGCAUGUAAGCAUAGCUAUGAUAUUUCUCUGUAUUAUUAACAUUUCUAUGUGUAAAAUGGUGCUUCAUUUCUAACUUAUUACCUCAGCAUUAUCAGACCUGAAUCUCUUGUAAUUAAUAUUACCAAGUACGUACAGCUGAACCAAAGAACACCAUGCUUAUGCCCUUCUCUGCCCUUUAGUGUUAUGUGGUAGCACUUUUUGUGAAUCGAGGGUUGGGAAUCAAAAAAAAGUUCUUAUUCAGAACUGGUUCCAUUGUUUUAAAAAGGUAGUGUCUAUUUACACUAAAUGCAAAUAGCUGACUUUGUUCGCAAAGGCUAUUUAUCCUUAGUGCAAAUAUGACUUCUAUUUACACUUUGUGUGAAUAGCAUCAAUUGCAAUCUGCACUUGAUGCAAUUUGUUGCUGUUCUGUAAUGGAGACCAGCUAGUAGUCACUGUGCGAGUAAACCUCACUCCCCUGAACUCAAGAGGUGCUCUAGCGACUGACGCUAGAGACUGCGGUCUUUAGCCUCCUUGUUAGAGCGCCAACCUCCCAUGCUGACGGGCCUGGGUUUGCAUCCCUCUUGGAGCUGGCAGGUGCAAACUAGAGGGGCUACAUUGGUGCCAUGACCCGGAUAGGAGUGAGGUUUAGGAGGGUUAGUGUAACCGAGGCCAGCUAGUAGUCUCUGUGCGAGUAAACCUCACUCUUCUGAUCUCAAGAGAUGCUCUAGCGACUGACACUAGAGAUUGCAGCCUUAAGCCUCCUUGUUAAAGCGUCCAACUCCCACACCGGAGACCCAGGUUCGAGGCUCACGCAGAGCGGGGCGAGUAGGACCUGGGUAGAGGGGUUACAGUUCACACUUAGUGUAACAGAAUCUACCUUUUGUUACACUUAGGCUACAUUCACACUGCAAACCUUAGUGCUCAAUUCUGGUUUAUUGCUCAGAUUUGCUCGUUAUUUUUUUUUUUUUAAUGUGGACAAUAUCAGAUUCAAGUGUGAACUGACUCGUCUUCCAUAUUCACAUGUGACCAAAGAACUACCAUGUAUGUAAAAUCUCUAGAGUGACUUCCAUCAGCGCAGAAUUGUGAUGAAUCUUGAUCUAGAGUCAUGUAAAAGUCACAUGAAUUCCGAUAUGUCUGUUCAGACUGAGGUUGCACUGCAAAACAUCCAAUCUGUAUCUGAUUUAGGACCACAUAAGGAAGUGGUUCAAAUCAGAAUCGAAAAGAUCUGAUUCUAUGUGGUUUGUACUGUUCACACUGCUAUGAAAAAAAAUAAACAAACAAACAAAAACAGAUCUGAGUCAUUAUGAGCAAAACAAUCGGAUUUUGGCCACUUUUGUCUGCACUCUAAGGCUGUGUUCACAUUGUCAAUCCAAAUCUGAUUAUUUGUGUUUCUGAUGGAAUCUUGUGUAAAUUAUUGACUGUGUACACAGUGUAUUGCAACUAUUCAAAUCCGAUUUGUGUGUCCCUUGACUUUGUUUCCUUUUCUACAUUAUCUGCAUUGGUUUCUAUGGCAAUGACAUUGUGUUUGGUAGGCAUAAACCAGAAACAACCACAACACGGAGGGGUUUGCAAUACAGAUAUUGUCUUAUUUAUAACAUGACAAUGUGUAGCCACCACGCUGUACUACUACAUCUUCUGAGGCAGGAGCAGAAAGGUAGGAGGCUGGCUUUAUUUGGUCCUGUCGUGUCCACCAGCCUCAAAUUUCAACAUGUCUCCAUUAUAUUGUCAUUUUCGGCUCAACCGGCACUUUGCAACAAAACAACCUUGUUUCGGCAACAACGUUCAGCAUUUUUCCUAUAACAACGUCUCUGACGUGUUUACAUUUUACAUAGUGAGAAAGUGACAUAAACCAAAUGGAUAUGCACAGAAAUCGGAUUUGGACUAACAGUCUGAUCAAAAAUGUAGCCAUAGUGUAAAUAGCAUCUGUCAUCUUUUUCAAAUACUGGAAGUGAUUUCAAUUAAUGGUUCUGGAACAUCUGCAUUCACCACAAUUAAAUAUGCAGAGCCGAUACUUUCUAUGCAUGUGAAAUCAACAAUCACACCUUCUCAUGGUAUACAUGACACUUUGACACAUCUGAAGCAGGGCUGUUGGUUUAAUAAAUACAAAAGAUAGCAAAGUUGCAAGAUACAAUUUGAAUGAUAUACUGUUUAUUUCAGACUGUUGUUUUGUUCUGUCUGAAGCUGAAAGGAUCUGAUCAUUUGACAGCACAAUUUCUGAGGAUAGUGACUGCAAUAAAAAUUGCAAUACGAAUGUUCCCUCUUCUAUAAAUUUACUAAAAGAAUUGUUAACAGAACCACUGAGGAACUAACUAAAUCAGAUUUGGGACCAGAAUCAUUUAAUUACACACGAUUCCCAUCCUUAUGGAAUGGCCAUGGCAUCUAUCAGGAUCAAUGACACAAUGCUUAACCAUAAGGCUGCAUAAACACAGUGCUAUCUGCUAUUUUUAACCCUUAUAUAAAUAUAAUUUCACCAGACUUACACUAACACCAUCUUCUGCUGCCUGUACAUUAUUUUUUGCUUUGUGUUUGUUUAGAGGAGCUAUAAAUGAAUAGCUCUGAAUCAUCACUCUUGGAUAUAUAUCUCUUUUUAGCAUGGACCCUUUAUCAUGUAAUGUUGUCACACACUAUUCAUUGGGUAUUUUAUUUCAUAAAAGGUCAUAAACUUUGAGACUUGAAGCUUUUUUAUUAGAAUAUUGUCCAGUUAAGAGGCUCAUUCUGGUUUGUUUGUUUGUUUGUUUGUUUGUUUGAACCCUCUGUUGGUUACACCAAUUGCACUGAUUUCUUUGAGGUUUACAGGACACAUGUUCAGGUCAUUAGAAGGCUAGUUCAAUCUUUGUCCCACUUCCACAUAAAUGCACAAAUAGGCUAUAUUCUCCAUUGAGUCUGUAAACAAUGGCUAAUGUGGGUUACCUAAAAGUUUUGGACUUUGAGCAGCUUUGCCCAUUUUCAGUGCACAUUGCACAAUUAUUAUUGUCCUGAAGCCCAUAAACCACAUGCAUGUAUUUUAUAUUAGUAAAGAGAGCCAAAUAAGAUUAUAAUUCAGAAUGUUUUGCAUUGAGAACGUCACUGUUUUGUUUUUUGCUUUGUUUUUUGCUUUUUUAAAUGUACUUUAAAUGUAAUUGUGGAAUAUUUGAAGACAUUGAUUUUGAAUUAUAGUGUUAUUGAAUAAAACAACAAUAAAUACUUUUUGUUUGUUA